AUGUCAGGGCUGCCCAAUUACUCUGCGCUAUCGAGUUAUUGCACCUGUGAACAAUGCUUAUACGGUUGCCAAGAAUCUUGCGUGAGAGUGGAUAGUAGAGAUCUGACAUGGCAAAGUUUGGCAAAUAGUAGGCAUAAAAUGCUGGAGAUAGGCUUCACCAUCAACCAACAGAAGCAUUAUGUCACUUGCCAUUCUAGCUUGCUCUGCUACUGGUCUGCAACUAUCAAGAACGCUGUAUACUCUCAAGCGAACCCAGUACACCGCAUCUGGAUUGAGUCCGAGCAGAAAGAUGAAAAGGCUAUUGCUGUGUGGAGUCAGAUCGUUCAAUGGUGUUACACUGGAAGGUUGUUCGAUCCUAGUAACGUGAGCGACGCUUCAAUCGGCUCAACUGACGACAUUGAGGUGCUAUGGACUGUGGCCAUAAGUCUCGAGAUGAAUGAGCUUGCUAACUACUGCAUGCGUCUCAUCAUCAUGAAGUACUCUUGGGGUUUCUCAACUCGGGCCAACUCGGCGAAGAAGAUCCAUCCCCGCGACUGUCCGUUCGACGCCUGGGGUCCUUACCAUGCUUUCGUCAACUGCUACAAGCUAGGAAACAAGAAUCGUCAACUUCUUGAGUUCAUGGAGGAGCUCAUAAGUGCUGGAGGACCACUUGCACCUCGCAAACGCGAGCGCGCCAACCCGGCGACUAUUCAAAGCUGGCACACUGUGCUAGAGGAGGAUGAGGAUUUUCACGACUGGAUAAAUCUCCUCGGCGGCGUUGAGCAUGAGGCAGCGGAAGCUAUACUGCCAACUCACUUCAACCAGUGGGAUACGUACAUGGUACCACUCCAACCUAGGAUUCCAGAGAAUAUUCGCAACUGGUCCGAGGCGCACGAUGCGAAGACCCAGCGGGUGGGUCAGCUGAUAGAUCUUCGCGGAACUUAUCAGAACCAAGGCAAUCCGCAGGAUCCUGAUUACCAAUGGAUGUUCCAGGCAGUAGCCGUUGGCUGGAUCUAG